ACCCUCCUCGCGCCGCCCCAUCUGCCCGCGCCCGCGCCUGCGUCGCCGAACACCGGACCACGCAGCCGGCCUCGAGUUUGCCACCCGCCCGCCCGCCCGCCCGCCGCCGUCCUCCUCCUCCUCUCGUCUCCUGUAAUGGCGUCGAGAGGAGGCCACUCCGGGAUUAGUGAUUCUUUUCGCAAUGGCACAAAGCGACAUGACAGCAAUAAAGAGAACACAAGUCAGCAAGGUGUGAAUUCUUUCAGGAUGCAAAAAGAAAGGCAAUCAGAGUUGGCAAGACCUGGAAGAGUUUUCAAUAGAAACAUUAGCAGAGGAGGCUACUCUCAAAGUCAGCAUGGAUUCACACAGGAAUUUCGUAUUGUCAAGGACAACAGAAGUAAACAGAAAGAGGCUGUUGAGACUUUGCCAGAAGCAUCUCAUAACAGGGAUCCUAGCAAUGAACAUACUGUUUCAAAUGUUGGAGAUAAAAGCUCAACUGAAAAGCUAGCUGCACAACACCAUUUGGUUACUCCCAAUGUUAAUGGUCAUGGAGCAGCUCAAGCUGACAAAGGUAUCAAAAGUGCUGCCCAAGCCUCUAGUGUCCGGAAGUUGGAACAAUCAGAAGGGAUGCAAGCAACAGUGGUUGGUUCUCAUGCAGUUUCAGGAAAGGGCAGCCAGAACAGAGUGGCCACUCCGCCAUCCGGGAAAAAUAAUUUUGGUGGGGAACUUUGCUGUUCCUCAUCAGAUCCAAUCCAUGUACCCUCACCUGGUUCAAAAUCAGCUGGAACUUUUGGAGCCAUAAAGCGUGAAGUUGGAGUAGUUGGUGCUAGGCAACGGCCUUCUGACAGUCCAGCAACAAACACAUCUACUUCUAACAGCUUAGCCAAAGUGACAUCGGCACAAAAGGAUAAUCCUCAGAAUGAACACCAAUCUGGACUCCCUGGCGCCUCUUUGAGAAAUGGCCGUCUUAAUUUGCCUGUACCGUUGAGCGGUAGGGCAUCCCACCAUGUUAGUCACACGAAAGUUAGCCCACAUCUGGAGUGGAAGCCCAAAUCAAUAAGCCCCAGCUGUGUCAAUCAUGAAGUUAGUGUUGUGCCUCCCAGUGUUGAUUGUAACCAGGCAGAUUUGGCUGGCUUAUCUAAGAAGCUUUCACAAGCUAAUGCAUCUCAAGAUGAACAUGUUAUCAUACCUGAGCACAUCAGGGUACCAGACUCUGAAAGAACACAUCUCAUCUUCGGUACUUUUGAACCAGAAAUUGACCCAAAGGCAUCGGUAACAGCAUCCCAUACUGUUGUGACUACAGAAGACUUGAAUGAUCAUCCUUCUCCAAGCAGUCAGACAGCAUUGAACUCCAUCACAUCCACUGAUGUGGCUCCUAAUGACAAGAUGGAUCAUCUUGGUUCUUGCAGCCCACUGCCACAGCCAGAGUCAAUCAUUUCAGUUUCUGAACAUCAGCAAUCAUUGACCGAGAGUGUGGAGGCUCCCAGUCCUGGGGUUGUUGGUGAGUACGGGACAAAUGAGAUGAUUACAAGCAAGGUCACAUAUUCUCAGCCUCAGUUCCAACAUCAGGACAAUCCAGCUAUACAGAACUUUAAGUCAUACGAGCCAGAUUCUAGAUAUGUGAUGCCAUUUAUCACAAAAUUUGUUGAUGGUCAAACAGCACAAAGUACAGCUUAUACAUCUGAGGCCAUGGGCUUACAUCCUGCAAAUGCCCAUCAGUUACCUGCAUCUGGAGCAGCUCAACAACCGGUGCCCCAGAUGUAUCCUCAACAAUUUCCAGUGCCACAGUAUCCAAACUUCUUGCCAUAUCGCAAUGUUUACUCAGCACAGUAUGGGUCUCCAAUGGUUGUCCCGAACUAUUCAAGCAAUCCUGCAUUUCCUCAGUUGCCACACGCCAGUAGCUAUCUGGUGAUGCCAAAUGGAGCCCCACAACUAGCAGCGAAUGGCAUGAAAUAUGGGUCGUCCCAUCAGUAUAAGCCAGUGUUUCAAGGAACCCCUGCUGGAUAUGGUGGCUAUGCAAGUCAUAACAGUUACCCUGUCAGUAACGGUGUAAUUAGCAGCACAGGUGCUAUUGAGGAUGCCAAUAUGAAUAAAUACAAGGACAACAAUCUCUAUGCACCCAAUCCACAGGCUGAAGCAGCAGAUCUAUGGGUUCAGGGUCAGAGAGAGAUUCUCAAUAUGCCACCUGCGCAGUUCUACAAUAUAGUGGGACAGCCAGUUUCCCCCCAUGCAGCAUACCUGCCACCCCACAAUGGUCACCCUUCUUUCAGUCCAGCUCCUCCCCAUCCUGCUCAGUUGCAGUACCCGGGCUUUCCGCAUGCACUGCACCCAACAUCGGUGACCAUGGUGCAGAACCCACAGGCCAUGGUACAUCAGCCAGGAGCCCCAGGAAAUCUGGGCCUUGACAUGGCAGCCAUGGGGCCUGGCAGUCAAGUUGGAGCAUUUCAGCAGAACCAGCUUGGCCAUCUCGGCUGGGCGCCGCAAUCCUUUUGAAGAUUCUGACAUGCUUCCCUGGUUCGACAAGUGAAAUUUCGGUUCCGUAUUCAAAGAAACCUGAUUGAAGUGCCAUGCUGUAAUAUGCUGGAUAACCUGAUGGAUGCCAGGUUUUUUGGUUUAAUUAUAAAAAGGAAACCCAUUUUUUUUUACA